AUGGAGGACGAUGCGGUUCCUACGAUUGAGGAACUCAAAAAGCUUAAAGUUGUGGAUUUAAAGGCACGGCUAGCAUCCCUUGGACUUCAAACAUCAGGUAGUUUUGAUAAGUAUUUAUUCCACCUAUUUUAAAUGAACUUCUCAGUUAUAUGACACUUUGUUUGGAAGCAAAAGUGUUCAUUUUGUCUGUUUUCCACGUGCACUUUACAGUUAGUUUACGCUGUAUCGUUUUAGGUUAAUAGUUUUACACUUGUUUUGUUUUAUAGGUCUUAAGGCGGAACUAGUGGCGAGACUUCAUAGUUACUUUUUGUCGGUAGGUUGUGACUACAAAAGUGCAAUGUCUGCAGAAUUUAAUAAAAUAAGGCCGCCCCACUCAUGUGCUGAAACUCGUUUGAUAAAAUUCGACUUAAAGCAGCAACGUAUUCAAUCAGCAUUUUUAUUUUUUUUUUAUUUUUUAUUUUUAUUUUUAUUUUUUUAUUAACAGAGAUCUUUAUUACCACUACAUCACUUACAACACUUUCACUACAAAAUUUAAGGUUACAAAAAAUUACAAUUAAGAAUUAAGAUUCCUGGAGAAAACAUUACAUCACUUACAACAUAAAAACGAAAAUUACCUUUUAUGAAACAAAUUAAAGGCAUUGCCUGUGAAGUUCUUUUAACUCCAACGAUGGGUAGAAUGUGAGAUUAAAGUUGUUGUUGGUCAGUAUCACUCCGACGGCGUUGCUAGGUUAACUCUUUGCCUCUUCCAUUUCAUGGCGUAGUUUUGCUAGUUCUUCUGUUCCUACGAUUCUGUGACGGCCAUUGGCAUCGACAUAUUUGAGUAUUGCAGGAUAUGCGAUGUAGACUUUCCGGUCGUCUCCGAGUUUCUUCUUUAGAAACUUUCUGUAGGGCACGAGCUCUUGCCUCCGCCGUUGGGUUUUUUUGGCGAAAUCCUCACUUAUACCGAUGGCAUUUCCGUUUAACGGGUUAUCCUUUAGACGAGCGGCGGCAUUCCUUAGUACCUUCAUCUUAUCCGUGUAUCGAAGAAAAGCGACGUGCAUUGGUCUGGGACCCUUUUCACCAGCAGAAGGCGUUUUGCUUGGCGUGCGGUGUGCCCUCUCCAGCUCAACAUGGCCACAUAACGUUUCAAGGCCCAUAUGCUGCGUAAUAAAAUCCUGUACAAAAGAGAUGCAAUCUCCUUUUUCGGCUUUCUCUGGUAUAUUGUAGAAGACUAAGUUGUUCCUUCUUGACCUGUUUUGUAAUUCUUCGAUUUCAUCCUUCAGCGCAUCGACAGUGGCGUUAUCUGCUUUUGAGUCUAAAUCCGUUUUUACCUUCUGCAGUUCUGCUGUCAUAGAGUUAAGUCCUCUUUCCAUGUCACCAACGGUAUUUUCAAUCUUCAGCAGUCUUCCGUUUAUUUGUUCAAGCACGUCUAGCUUCUUUAGCUUUUCGUGUAUGCUUUCCAAGAUGGCGGCGCCGGCCUCAUGUUUAUGUGGUGGCGUUCUUUCAUCUUCACUGCUUAAGCAUGCCACUUGUCUCGCUCGCUUUUCGUUGGGCAUAACGGAAAGGAAAAGCAAAGAUUUUCUAAAUAGUUUGAGGCUGAUUUGGCUAAUUUCCUGAAACUGAUAUAGUGAAACGGCAAGGCAGCGUCGGAGCGACAAAAAAACACGACUACUCCAUUUGGCGCCCAGUCCCACGUCCUUAUUCAAUCAGCAUACUUAGUUCUCACUUCAGUUAGUCUAAAUUAAGUAAAAAGUUUCAAAUCUGUGGAUAAGAUUACAUGACAGAACAUUACCUAUUGUGUAUCAAACUAAAAGUGAACAACAAUGCCAGACUGAUUAACAAGCAACUCUGCCUUAACUACAGAAUACAGGGCAAAUUUUCUAGGUAUAUUCUUUGGGGUGGCUCAGCAUCAGUGAUGAGCCACUGAGCCAUCAAGCCACUAACCCACAUAACCUCACCCGACGAACCACUGAACCGCUAAAAUAUAUACCUUUCUUGCAUGUUCUUUAAGGUGCUAACCUCUACUGAGGGCCAUUGAUCCACUGAGCCACUAAAAUAUAACUUAUACUGUUACUUGUUCUUUAAAUUUCAUACUCUGAUAUCUUUUUUAUGUUUGUCUUAUACUUAUACGUCUUAUAUUUUUCUCAUUCUUUGAACACUUGUCAUGGCUAGCAAGCCACCCAGCUACUUCUUUUAGAGACUUUAAAAUAUGGCCCGAUAUUCUGUAGUUGCACCGCAACUCUUUGCCCCUAGGUCAAACCAAGUUCAUCAGUUAGAUUUGGAGCAUGAGCGGGCACAGUUGACUUGUUAGAAUGGUGUGAAUGAUGAGUAACAAUAUUGAGAUUCUCUCUGCAGUAUCCAUGAAUAUCUACAUGAGAUUUCUGACACACCAGCAUUAUUGAUUAUUUUACCAAAAAUAUUGGUACAUGGCUACUUUUGUUUAUUUUCACUGUAAUUGUUGCUUGCAUUUUUUUUUCUAGCUCCAAAAUACCCAGCAGUUAGUUCAAGAUGAAGAAAGUACAGAUCAUGAAGGUUUGUUUUCUAAAAUGCUUUGGUAUCUAAAAUGCUGUAUAAAUUUUGACAUUACAUCUCACGCAGUACUUUAAUCACUAAAGUGGUUAAUUCAUUGUAAUGUAUUGGUACUAAUAUCUAAAAAAUCUAAAGCACUUGCUUUGCAUUGAACAGUUGGUGAAUGUAGAACUCUAGGCCAACAACUUAUUGUCUACAGUGUUGUUUGGAUUUCAAUCAUGUAUCUUUUGUGAGAAAAGGUGUUUAGCACAUAUGCUUUAAUCACUGCUAGCAUUUUUUUUUUAAGAUUUGAAUUUUGAGAUUUCUUUAAAUUAUUAUAUUAUAUUAUUAAUGGUACAUUAUUUUAUUAGAGUUUGUUUAGAAUACACUAGUUUUUUUUCCUUUUGUAUCAGAACCUGGGUAUCCAUCUCAACCUGAGCCUAGCUCCACACAAUCAGCAUCCGUCAGUGAUGAAAAAGAACAAGUUAAACCUCAGACAAUUCCAGCAACAGAAACCCCUGCUCCAUUUUAUCAGUUGGAACAACAUUAUCCUGUGGUAGUCAUGAAAACAGAGGAUGCACCACUUACUGCUCAUGUACCAGUACUAAUACCCGAAGAAAAACCUGCUAUACAACAAACUGCCACAGGUAGUGAAAUGCCUGUUUUGCGUGAAGAGCCUGGUUAUCAACCACAACGUCCAGAUGUAGAUGUUGCAGAUCAGCAAAUUGAAGUUCAUAAUGUUGAUGAAGGUGAUCAAGCACAGAACAUUGUACAUUCUCAGGAGGAAAGGGACAAUGAAGAUUUACCCGAACCAGGAAAUGCAAGUGAACAAAUGCAUGAGCCAGCUCAAGAGGACAUUUCUGAGACUCCUGUUACUGAGCAGCAAGUCAUUGCCCCUGAGUUGAAGGACAAUCUCCCAGCACAAGUUUCCUGGACACAGGAGACUACACUAGUAGGUGUGCAAGAAACUGAUGAAUUUUACAUUUCAGAGGAACAAGACAUUCCACAAGCAAACACUGCUUAUGCUGGGGAAUAUCGUGAAGAAUCCCAUGAUGGUGAUAUUCUGGUGUCGUCAGAAACCCGUGAGCCAUGGGUUAUGGUUGAUUAUCCUCCAGCAGAAGAAGUAAAGGAAAACCGUUUUCUGCCUCAGGACAAUUUGUCUGCUCCUGAACAUGUGCAAAUGGAAACAACAAAUGACCAAUUUAUGCAGGAAAUACAACAACCACAAAUGCCAGAAGAAGCUGAACGCGAGUACCAUAAUGAAGUUGAAGGUGUAGAAAAUGAAGAGGUUGAUGAAACACCAGUUGUUGAGGUACAUGUACAUUCAUGAAUUUGUAAUCAAACUUUGUUUUCACUUCUUACGGGAAUGCAAGUUGAAGAUAGUGUUUCCCCAUAUACCGGUAUCAUGCCAAUUGCUUCCGAAAAACACAAAGUCACUUAUAGUUUUUUUGUAGUAUUGUAAAUAAUUAUUGGUAGCAAAUUAUUCUUAUUGGGUCUAGUUUUUUGUUGACAUCUUAAUGUGUCUUUCCUUUUGUUUAAUGAUUACUUUGAUUAAUCUGUGUUUCAUUUUAGAGCAAAGAAAAAAAGAAAAAAAAGAAGAAGAAGAAGCGAAGGAAGAGGAUAGAGGUGAGAGAGAAUGGAAGGAUCUUAAACCCUAAUGUGUACUGUAGUAUGUUUUAAAAGUUCAUUAAAAGGCUUCAAAGGUCCUUAUUUUUUACAACAAUUCAUUAAAUAGGAUACAGAAUCUGUUUCUUUGUGUUAAUCAUGUUACUGUCCUUCAUUUUUACAUUUUAGACUAAUUACUGAAUUUAACUCCUGCAGGUUCUUGUUUCCAUUUAACUUUUUAUUACAGAAUAAUCUUUAAAGUUCAUUUAACAUGAACACAGUAUAAAUGCCACAGUUUACAAUGUCCCUGUCAUCUUGGCAAGUUCUAGACAUCUUGGGAAACUGUGCUUGAUGGCUUUACCCACAUUGUAAUUUACAGUAGUUUUUUCUUGCCCGUAGUUUGUUCAAGAACAGCCACAUGAUGUUGAAGAAACUGAUGAUGUUGAGGUGGAAUAUGUGACUGAAUCCCUUAGUCCACAUGAUCCUAACUACAGAGCUUUUGCUAAGAUAUUUGAGGCAUUCAAGGUAAUGAAUUUUAUAAACUCCAUAGUUUUAUCCUUGUGAUUUUAUUCUGGUCAUAUAGGGAUAAAAUUUAGUGGCAUUUUCUGGUUAGGACAGCCUACUUCACACAGUACGUUUCUCACAAACUGUGCAUGUAAUCUGCCUCUGCAAGUUACUGUGACUUAAAAAGCAAUGGUUUCUUAACUUUCAAUUUCCAGCCGGUUUUUUAGCCCCGAUGGUGUUUGCAAUUUGUUACCAGGCUGGACCGUAAUAAUUUCCCAUAAUACAAUUUUAACUGGUUAUUUUGUGUUGAUUCUCUGUACCACAGUUAACCGACCCUGUCAAAGAAGAUGCAACACAGAAAAAGGCUGACCAAAAAGAAGAAACUGUGAGUAAAAAUUUUUUGUUGUUGGCCUGCUUCAAGUUAAUCAACCACUUCCAAAUCAAUGUCUAACUACGAAGACUCAAUAGUCUAUGGUCCCUUUGAAAGGAUUAAUCAAUUAAUACUGAAUCAAAUCAUCUUUCAUGGAAAGCACAAUCAAAUCCAUCCAAACCCCUUGCAUGGCAAUGGGUGGAUUGGGGCAGUUGGAGAAUCAGUGGGAAGACAGGUACAUAAAAACUGAUAUGAGUAGUCCAUGUUGAAUAAAACUUUUAUGAGUGUUGUGAAGUUACUGCCCUGUAUAGCUUUGUGCAGGAAAUUCACAGUCACAAAAAAAGAAAAGAAACCAAUGACUGUACACCAACAUAGAAAAUAUUACAGGGCAAAAUUGAAUGCAGAGGUUGAUUGUCAAUCUCCUUUGUCUCUAAUUCAUGAAUAAGGGCUAGGAGACCAAGGAAAUUGAGAAUCAACCCAGGUUAAAAAUUUUUGACCUGAAAUUAACUUUGACCUGUAACAUACUGUUUAUGUAUUUGUAAAGAUAGAAAACCAACUAAGCAAAACUGAGGUAGAAACUGUUAAGGAUAGAUUUUUAUUCUUUACAUAUUCCUUCACAUAUUCACAGUUGAGGGUAUCUGUUACAGGUGGCAGCAAAGAAAACUGAAGCAAAAGAUCAUAGUAUGGAUAAAGAUGAUGAUGAUGAUGAUGAUGAUGAUGAUGAAGAUAUAGUGGUAAGACAAACAUGUAUCUGAUAUUUCAAUCAAUUCUUUACAUGUAUUUUUCACAAAUGUCUUUUUACGGAUUUAUCAGUUUCUUGACAGAUAUUAUUCAUCAUGGUUAUUGUGCAUAAAAGGUUUCAUUUUAUCAUUUGUCUCUGUCAUUUGUGUAUAGAGGGUUUCGAUUAUCAUUUGAGAUGUUGAGGUGCUUUUGUUUUUUGGUCUUGGCAGAAAAAAUCUGAAGAUGAUCAACCUAAGCUCUCCAAGAAGAAACUAAGAAAAAUGAACAGGCUUAGUGUGGCUGAACUAAAACAGGUUUGUGUUGUUUUGUUUGGAAAGCUUUAUGUUGUAAAAGCAUUGUUUGAUUGUGAUUUUAUCAAGAAAGAGGAAUAAUCCAUGAUUGGAUUAGUGGCUGCAUAAAUGACAACACGACAUCCUUUUUUGCUGCUUGUAUUUCUUUCAUUCAUGUGCUUUUGAAUAUUUUAUUAUAAAUGCUACUGUUAUUUUGUUUAGUUGGUUCCAAGACCCGAUGUGGUGGAAAUGCAUGAUGUAACUGCUCAGGAUCCUAAAUUCCUUGUAUUUUUAAAGGUAAGACAGUUAAGAUGUUUUUAUUUUAAUUGGUGCCAUUGUUGAUAUGAAGGUAGACAGUUCAUGUUUAAUCUCUGACAAUAAAAAUAGACAUUCUGCACUAAGGUCUCCACUAUAUAUAAAUUCUCUCUCUAGUUUUCUCUUAGAAAAGGGUUGAUCGAUUACUUGUAAGAGUGAGUCAACAGGUGGCCCACGAAUCUUAAAUUCUACAACAAGACUCCGGCUCCUAGGCUGUAGAUGAGUGUUACUACUUCUCAUGUGCUGAUUAUAGUCCUACUGUUUUCUUCUUGAGUGUAUAUUGUCCUUAUAUUUCCUUAGUUACUUUUGUUGAACCCUACAAUAAUUUUAUUUAUGUUUUCUUCAAAGGGGAUUUCUUUAAAUUGCCUUUACUAUUUUGAUUUGCCUUUGACUGCUCCCACACUUUGAGAUUCACUUUGCAUUUGUUGUUAAGUGAAAGCAUUAUCUGUGGGAAGAGCACAUUAAACUGACACAACUCAUUCCUAGGAGAACAGAAUACUCACUGAGCUCGUAGAUUACAGUGUCAGCACAUUUCCCUUAAUUGUUCACACUUUGUUGGCAGGCUACAUGUAGAUAUUUUUUUGAUGACUGUUACAUUCUCUCUUAUUGCCUUCAUUCCAGUCAUGUCGUAAUACUGUCCCAGUCCCCAGACAUUGGUGCUUCAAAAGAAAAUACCUUCAGGUACUGCACUUUAGUUUCUUACCCUAAGAUACUUUUUGAAUAAUACCUUUUCUUAACAAGUUCUUAUAGAGUUUGAACAUGGCUUGUGCCAACAAUAAACUUUUUGGUAUGAUACUCAUUGGUAAGUUACUUUGUUCAAAAACCAACAUGGUAGUUUUGAACAAGUAGACCUGUUAAGGAAAAUACAUUUUGCCAUGGUUCUCCAUCUACACUUUUAACAAGGUUAACAACUGCAUCGCUAAAAUGGAGGUUGGGUGUCUGAAGUAUCCAGGGGCUUCCACUAUUGGCAGCCAGCCCCUAGAUUGAAAUAAUGCCCCCAUGACUGGCACAACAGUGCAACCCAGCCAUGAGCCCCCACACCAAAGGAAAGGAACAGGCACCCGUCACACUGAAAAAACGUCAGUGGAGAAAAACCCAACAAGCCUAGGGGGAGGGCGGGAGGGAAGAAAAUGGCCCUACAGAACCCAGCACGAAGGGAAAACUGAACGCGCCAAGGAAUCACAUGAUCGAUGUAGCCAGCCACCGGGCAUGCGCAUGCCAAAGACCGCUGACCUAGGCACCCAGGCGCUCUUAGUUGUUAACUCCUUUAAAUUGUAUUUAAAUGCAUCAAAUUCUUGACAGGGAAAACUGUUUAUUGUUAGGAAAUAAAUGAGCAAUGUAUUGGCUGCGUACAUUUACCUUUCAAUACAAAUGUAAAUUAACGUUUGCAGAAGAAACUUUCAUUAGACUGGCCAAUACCAGAUGCAUGUCUUACUUUCUGUACAAUCAAUUAUCAUUUGUUUGUUCAGUUCCUUGCAUCUGAAAAAUAAACAUUUGCAUGUAUCUCUACUUGCAGAAUAAAUAUGCUCAGUUAUUCCUGCAACUUACAAUACCUGCACAUGUAUUUCAGUAAGAUCAGACCUACCUGUAUAUGAUCAAAUCCUCUCAACUGAAAUAGUAAUUUUUCUAGUCAAAGUUGACCUUGCUAUUGGAGAUGUUAUUAUUCUUAUGCCUUACAUGUUGUCAUUUUUCACCAUCUUUAAGGGUAAAAGAGGUAUUGUGAAGCCACCAUUUGAACUGCCUGAGUUCAUCAAGGUUUGAUUAAGAUCAUAUUUUCAGAACUGAAUUUUGUUAUUGUAAUAAGUUUACAGAUACCUGUACCUAUAUAUUUUUUUAAUGGUAUUUGAGUGGAAUGGAAAUUUGUUUUUGUUAUCUGGAUGACAUGAUUCCAACUCCCAUUAGAAUCACAAUUUUUGUCUCUCCUGCUAACUUAUGAAUCAGAUAUGAUGAAAAAUAAACCGUAAAAUUUGUAAAUUAUUUUGCUUGAAAACGUUGGAUGUGAUGCAUCCAUUCAAAGAAAAAAACUACAUUUAGCAAGGGACAAACCAUAUAAUUGCUAUUAUGGUAACUGUCUUAGCAUUUUUUAUCUUCAAAUUUGUUUAUGUAGACCCAAAAUACAUUGUCUCUAACCUGUGUGUAUUUUUCCUUUUUUUAGAGAACUGGAAUCAUGGAAAUGAGGGAAGCAAUGCAGGAAAAGGUAUCUUGGGUAUUUCACCAGAGAGACACAAGAGGAUCCUCCACUGGCCCGCUGAUAUGCUAAAGUUCAUUGACCUCAUAAUGUCGAUGCUUAAAAUUACCACAAAAUGUCCCCUCAGUACCAAAACUGCUGCUCAGUUUCCUUAGUCAGAAGAGAAAUUUUGCAAAUAAGCCAUGAACAUUACAUUCUUCCUUUUCUCAACUUUCACUGUGACAGUAAGUUAGUAAUGUUUACUUUUGUCUAGUUGAUUAUCAUGUAGCUCAUACAUUUGUUUUUGUUGGUGAUCACAGGAAGACCAAAAGACCAUGAAAGCAAAGAUGAGAGAAAAGGUAGGAUAAAUAAUAUUCAAAUGUGGUGGUUUUAUUAUUUUUUUUCCACUAGCAAAAAUUAAUGGUGACACAGUGUAUUUUUCCAUGCAGGAAUCACAGUAUUACUUUCUCUUGCAUUUGAUUUUAGGUCAGACCAAAGAUGGGAAAGAUUGACAUUGACUAUCAGAAGCUUCAUGAUGCUUUUUUCAAGUGAGUAUUUUUUCUCAUCUUUAACCUGUUGUUAUAGCUUGUUGGGUAAUAGCCAGCAUCAAGGCUUUCAUUAUAUAUGGUCUUCUCUUGAUAGUUCACCUUAUACUUCACUCCAAGGAUAGCCAAGCAUAGACAAGAAGGCUUAGUCUAAGAACACAGUCCUUUAAUGUUUUGUGAAUGUAAUGGUUGUGAUCUCUUUUUGUAGAUGGCAAACAAAGCCUAAGAUGUUAAUACAUGGGGAACUUUAUUAUGAGGUGAGCUAGGAUUUGUACUCAAUGUUUUUUAUUGCAUAUUCAAUAAAAUCAUAGGUUACAAACACAGCUGUUUCUCACCACUUGCUCUCCACCACUUGGACAUAUUGUGGGAGUGAUAACAGAGGUUACUGUAUUCAUAAUCUUCACUUUCAAUUGAAUCUUCUUUAGGGAAGGGAAGGUUGUGAGCUUAAAGCAAGGUUUCAAGAAAAAUAACAAGCAAAGGAAAGUCCUGAUCCUAAUUCCUCUUUUUUUUAAUCAGGGAAAGGAGUUUGAGACAAAAUUGAAAGAGAAGAAGCCAGGAGACUUGUCAGAUGAGCUCCGGACAGCCCUUGGGAUGCCAAUUGGCCCCAAUAAUCAGCUAGUUCCGCCCCCAUGGUUAAUUGCCAUGCAAAGAUAUGGACCUCCGCCAUCAUACCCCAGCUUAAAAAUCCCUGGAUUAAAUGCACCUAUUCCUGAGGUAAGGAUGGAAAAGCGUAAAUGUGUUCAUUUGUCGUUCAAUUUGUUUUUUAUUUUAUUGGCUUUUGAUAGGAAGAAACUUGGUGUCGUGAUCAAAACUGCAAUACUGAAAUGCUGUACUAAAACACACACUAUAUCAACUCCAUAUCUCUCUCUUGUUCUAUUGAUAGUGGCAUCACAUUACAGAUGCUAAUAGUUCCUCUGCAUAUGACACUUAAUUGCAAGCCUCGGGUAGUUUAAGUGAAAAAAAGUUCUGGUACAAAAGCAGAGCACGUGUCGGAUGUGGAUCAAUUUAGGUUUUUGGAUAUGUGAGCACCUACCCCUCCCCUAAGUUAAAAUUUUGCCCUAAGUGAGGAGUAAGUGUUUAUGUUGACUUAUGGGAGGUCAGUCAUGUUUCAAACUGUUGUUGAAACUUUUUGUCAAAGACGAUGAAAGUUUGUGUACUGUAAAAUAAUUUUGUAUACAACUUGAUGUUUCCAGGAAUAUUUGUUAAAUGGUUGUUUUUUUGCAUUUAAGAUACAAUUACCCAUGUCUUGGCUCCCCAUGUUAUUAGAUUGCACAAAUCGCAGCCUUGAUAUUUUUUGCUAUCCUCCUCAGUAUAGUUUUCCAAUGAAUUAUUACUGUUUAACAUGGACCCUGUGUUUGUAUGCUGUAUUGUUUGCUGCAGGGUGCAUCAUUUGGUUACCAUGCAGGUGGGUGGGGUAAGCCUCCUGUGGAUGAACAAGGCAAGCCACUGUAUGGUGAUGUGUUCGGUAUCCAGCAGCAGGAGGCUCCUGUGGUGGAGGAAGAUGAACAGAUUGAGAACCAACCCUGGGGCGAGCUGGAAUCUGAGUCAGAAGAGGAAUCCGAGUCAGAGGUAUCCGAUGGGUGGGGAGGGAACGGAAACAUGAAUCACCUGUGAUCACAUAGGUGGGGAGGGAAAGGAAGCAUGAAUUGCAUCCUUUAGAAGCUGUCAUGAUGGGGAGAGGGCCAGGCAGCACCUUUCAGUUGUAGGCCUGCAAAUGAGCCUUAUUUUUUACUUAAUAGCGGACAUUUCAUGUUAGCUCAUGUUAGUUUUUUAUCCAACCAGGGCACAAUCUAGGUGAACCACUAGGACUAGGACAAAUCUCUCAAGAACUUUGAAAAAAAACCUCAGUACAGUUUAUUUAUUUUUUCAAUUAAAGGAAGAAUCCGAAGAGGAGGAAGAUCAAACAGGUCUCAUUACACCAGCUGAUACGUAAGUUUGUCAGUCUCCGUUACCGAUUUCAGUUCGUCUAGUGUUAACGUGUUUAAACAAUAAUUUGACUUGUUUACAGGGCGAUAACCCAAUAAUUCCUCACGGUCAUAAAGUAUGAGCCAUUUUCAGUACUUUUAAGGAGAGAGUAUUAAUAGCUGCAUUUAAGACAAUGGGUCCAUCAUACAAUCAAAUAAUUUUAGGAAACUUUGAAAACCGAUCAAGGAAAUGACGUAAUUCAAAAAUUAAUAACUUUUUGCUGUAGUGAAACCGAAUAACGCAAAAAAAAAAUAUAGGAGAGCAAGAUAGCUCAUUCUCACUUGAGGAAAGCGAAAAGGGGAUCUAAAAACCAAACUCUUUCUUAUCGUGUUAUUGGCUGAUUAGCGCCUGUCUUAGAUUUCUUCCCGAGCGUCUUCUUAGUGACUAAUUCACGUUAGAAGUUUCGCCGUGCUCUCUGUUAAUCUGUUUCAAUCUGUUCUUUGUUUUGUCAUUUUGUAGUGGACUUAUCACCCCGAGCGGUUUGACAUCCAUUCCAGCUGGUAUGGAAACACCAGACAUGAUUGAACUACGUAAACGAAAGAACAUCGAGGAAGCCAUGGAGGUUGGUGCUGAACAGCAACCGCUGUACACCGUGUUACAGGAAAAGAGAAUCAGCGUGGGCGCUGCUAUGAUGGGAUCUGCGCAUGUGUACGACAUGACGUCGGUAAAUAUUAGUUUAACAAGUGCUGUUGUUCAUCGCUGGUUACUUUGAAAUGUAAAUACAGUGUAGACUUUCGUUUUAUCGAAAGAUUGACCGUUGAUCAUUGUCAUUAGUUUUUAUUCUCUGAGCAAAACAGUUUACUGUUUUUUUUCUGCUUUAUAGGCAGCUGCAGGUGUUCAAAGAAAAGUAAGUUCUGUCAUUGACUGCACGUAUUUCUAACGUGGAUCACGUGCGUUGUAACUUCUUACAUUAUUAUGACCAACCAUCUAACUCCUUUUUUGUUACCAGGCUGGAGCGCCUCUGGCUGAGGGUGUCGAGGUGGCACUGGACCCCAGUGAGCUGGAGCUGGACCCGGCGGCUAUGCAGGCCAGGUUAGCAGUUAAACGUUUUUAUUUGCUGAGAGCACGAAGUUGUCAUUUGACUGUCUAAUUUGGUUUGCUGAGCCUGAUGAUUGGUUCACAGAUCUCACGCCAUUUUUCAGCCAAUCACAAUCAACUUUGACUCGCUAGCAAGCUCCUUUUCUCUGAAUUCUGGUUAGGUCAGUUCUUUGGCAGGGUGUACGAUUAAUAUUCGCGAUUUGUACUUACUUAUUUUUGUCGUGUUUUUCAGAUACGAGGAGCAGCUUAAAGAAAGAGAAAGCCAAUUACAAAAAGAAGACCUGAGCGAUAUGGUGGCGGAACAUGCAGCUAAACAAAAGGUUAGCGACUUUUUCUAAUUUAUAACCUCAGUCUUAACGCGUCCAGAAUGGGUAGUUUUGGAUGGCGAGGUCUGUGCGUGGCAAAUAUUAAGCGCACGAACAAUUUUCUGUAUUUGUAUUUGUGACACUCACGGGAAAACGGGUCUUAUGAAUUUUCACCAUAAGCGUAAAAAAAAAAAAAACCACGGUCACGGGGCAUGAAAUACAAAUUUCACGACGUGAAUUCAAAUUUUUACGCCGUGUUCACUCAAGUUCAAGAUCAUUUUAAUGAAAUGGAUUUGCCUCUUUACAACUGCCUCCGUUUGUACAAUUUCAACUUGGGUUGAACUGAGCUACUGAAGUUGGUAAGUAAGUAAAUAAAUGAAUAAUCAAAGUAGAUAAAUAAAUAACUAACUAAAGAUUUAGUGGUAGGCCAUCCACUAAGGUUUUCUUCGUCUACUGUUCUGGCCCCGGUUGUUCAAACGUUGGAUAGCGCUAUCCACCUUUCGAACAACUGGGGCCUGGAUGGAACUGCAAUUUGAAAAUGUUAGUUUUAGAGGGCAGGUGGGGGGCGGCGGAAUACCCAAAGAAAUACCUAUCGUAGCAAGAACCGAGAGAACCAUGAACAACACUCACCCCAGAGUAUGGCUUCUUAUCAGGAACCUGAACCCAGGCCUGACUGAUGGAAGGCGUGUGUUCUGACCCGCACUGUUGCUCCUUUAAUUAUACAGCGCUUGUUAGAGGGUCUGAAUGGGGUUUAGUGAUAAGUGUUAUUUGCCUAUAAUUUUUAGUGUCUGCUGUUAAAGUGGCCAAUUUUUAAUGUUUACCAUUUGCGAACAGAAUACUGUUAAGUGUUUGGAGGGUUCUUCGGACAUCUUGGGCAAUGGUCGGACCUCUAGGUUAGUCUUCGGAAAUCUUCGACAGUCUUCGGGAAUCGUCGGUAGUUUUCGGAAAUCUUCUAAAAAAUCUGGAAUGGUAGUUAAAUGGCCGAAAACUCCUCGAUAUACUAAGCAAAAUAAAAUUGGCCUUUUUGCUGCCGUUUUUCAAAGAAUUUUGUAAUGUUAGUGUUAAAAUGCCUAAAAUUUGACUGUUUCACGUUACAAAGCCAAAAAAUGAAGUGUUUAGUGUUAUUGAGGUACCCCAUUCAGACCCUCUUGUCAAGUUGUCAAUUAUUUCCAGAACUGCUCAAACUGUCUCGAUAUGUGGUCCAACAAAUGUUGAGGCCAAAUUCUGUACCAGUUUUUAUGGGUCUCGAACUGUAUAAAGUGAAUUUUAUCUUUCGUGCUCCACGGUUAAGCAGACUUUGUGCAAAGGAACGAUGGGCUGCAUCCCAUCAAGGCUUUGAUACUGUCUAUACUGGUGUAAUAGAAGGUUUAGGGUAAGGAUUAGACACUGAAAUUGUCAUGUAUUGCUUAUGUAGAAAAACACUGAAAACUCUCAAUAUGUAUUUUUUUUCUGGUUUCACAGAAACGAAAAAAAGCGACAGACAGCGGCAAAUCUGCUAAAAAGUACAAAGAAUUCAAGUUCUGAAGGCAGGGAUGAAACUUGCUUACAACACAUUUGUAUGUAAAUAGCAAUAUACUAAGCUGAGUUCAGAAACUGCCGUGUUGUGAUUACACAAUGCUAUCCUCUUCCUGUAAACCGUACUUCAAAAGCUGUUUGUGUUCACUGUCAAAGCGUCAAGCUAGAUAUUAGGAUUUAUUUUUAACUCCAAUAUGUCAAGAUUCGGGCCUCUUUUAUAUGCGUUGUACUAACGAACUCACUUACAGUCUUUAAAUCGUGCAUGCAGUGAAUAAAAUCCUUUCACAGUUCUUCUGGUUAAAAUGUUCCGAUUGGACUCAUUGUUUUUGUUGGAUUCUAUAAAAUAUGCUGUAAGCACUAUGGAGUAUUUGUUCAUGGUUUAUUUAAGCAAUAGACCACACUUUCUAUGGGUUUACCGGCGUGAUGACCCACGCG